ACUAACUAAAAGAAUGAGAGUCGAGUCCCAAAACAAUAAAGAUACAGAUGAAAGUAACUUUUGGUUAAAAAAGAUACCAAAGAAAUUCAAAAUAGGAGAGUGUAAAAGAAAUGAAUUUCUAGACACAUAUUACCUAAUAAAGUUAAACCAAAAUGAGAUAAGUAAUUUGAACAGAUUUAUCACAAAUAACAAGAUUGAAGCAGUAAUUAAAAACUUGUCAACUGAGAGAGCGGGACAUCUGUUUUUGGGUCGCAACAAUUGUGGUGUUGAUCACCCAGGAGUGAAUUAAAAAUGGGCAAUGUUGAGAAAGACAAAAAGAUUCUUGUUCAGAAGUGUGCCCAGUGCCUUACCGUGGAAAAGGGAGGCAACCACAAGCCUGGACCAAAUCUCCAUGGUGUGUUUGGGAGGAAGACAGGGGAGGAUUCUCCUAUACAGAUGGGAGAGGACACCCUGAUGGAGCAUUUGGAGAAUCCCAAAAAGUACAUCCCUGGAACGAAAAUGAGCUUUGCUGGAAUUAAGAAAGAAGAGAGGGUGGACCUAAUAGCUUAUCUUAAAAAGGCUACAAAUGUGUAAUUCUGCUGCCUUAUAAUAAACAAAACAAAAGUCUCUUGACUUUUAAUGUACAUAAUUUAAUUCAUACACCAAAA